AUGAAACUAGUAACCACUAUUUUGUUUUUAGUGUUAUUGGCAUUAAUGCAUCGUGUAUAUAUCAUUUUGCUUUUUGUACACAGAUCGUCCCAUGCAAUGUGAGGUCAGAAUUCAACAAGCUGGCCGGAGACUCUGUGACCUUUGAGGCUCCUGGGGGCCCCUACACUAUGGAGGUCGAGAAAGGACGAAAUAUGACGCAGGUGGGAGCAGAUGGAUGGGUCCGUUUCAUCGCCCACAUGCGUAUCACCGGUGGUGAGUUGAUCAGCUUCUCCUUCAGAGCUGAAAGACCCAAGCUGGCCGUGAUUUAUGUCAACAAAGAAGAAGAUGAUGAAGAUGAUGAGGAUGAUGAGGAUGAUGACGACCCACUUGGUGAAGCCAUCGUAGCUCAAAGAAUGAGGUUGAGCGAGGAGGAGGUGUGCAACCUAUGGGACAUCAUUCCGCCACGUGCUGACUUCGUCGGGGUGCCAUUCGUGACCCGCCUGACAAGUACCAUGGUUGAUCGGCAUAUCAUGAAAUUGCCAAAGAGCCUAUCUGAGAGUUGUGGUAUCAAGCCUAAUGAAGAAGGAUCUGCUGGAAUAUGCCUUACCGCGAGGGGCUCCGUCACCACUUGUGCGUACGGCGUGGACACGGACGGUCGCACACACUUCAACUCGGUUGGGUGGAAGAGCUUCCUCGUCGGCAAGAAUCUUCAUGUUGGACAGGCAAUCCUAAUUACUAUCAGGAACACCCACCGCCCAGGCUUGAGGAUGAUGGUCGUCAUCGAUAUCAUCUAGAACUACAUAUGCAUGCGUGUGGAUGUUGAAUCAUAUAUAUGCUAGUAUGACUACCUAGUAGACUUAUCAACUAUGAUCUAUCCAUGCAUUGUUGACUACUAUAUAUGAGUUUGUGAGAUUGUGUGGUUAUAUUAAAUGUGGUAUUGUCGUUAA